UCGUUUCCAGUCCUGUAUAUCUUAGUUCGUGUUAAUCUAGUCUUAUCUUGUGAUUAGAUGUUAAAAUUAAAUGCCGAUUUAGGAUUUGUUAAUUUUGUAUUUUUGUCAUAUAAGCUUUUUAGGUUUUUCCGUUUUUAUUCGUCUAGUUCUUCUUUGUCUGUACUCUACACAGCGCACACUGCUAUAUAGUUUGUACUGUUUUAAUGUUUUGUUGUUUUGAGCAUAGUCACCAGUCAGCAGUUAGCACAUGUUUUGGUUCUAUUCCUCGAUUAUUUAGCAUUAUACAUUAAUCAAUUGUUUAUUUAAUAGUUAUUCACAUACUUAGUUAAAAUUGAAAAAUCGACACAUACCUGACCACCAUGUCUAACAAUUUUAUUACAUUUAACAUUCGCCGAGAAAAAGAAUUGAUUGAACUUAAGUUAGAAACACCUUCAAAUAUAUCUGGAUUCAUUGAAACACUGAAAAAUGAAUUAAAGUUGGAGGAAACAGAUGAAAUAGUGAUAUUAUACCCAGGACCUGAUGGAAAAAUGACUGUGCUUCAAUCUGAUGAUGAUAUUGAAUUUUUAAAGAAAACAAAACUUUCAUAUAAUGUUGUAACCCAAGAAAUUUAUUGCAAUGUUGAACUUGUAGUAAUUGUAGUUCAUAAAUUGCCAAAUGACACAAACGCUGAACUUAUGGUUUUAUCAAAAAAAAUAGAAAAUUUAACAUUUCAAGUCAAUAAAUUAUCAGAUGAAUUUACCAUGAAAAUUGAUGAAAAUAAAACCAAUACCUUUUCAGCUAUUAGGUCGAUUUUGACGGAGUACUUACAGAUAGAUUCUGGAAACAAAUUAAAGGAUUCCUUAGGCGAUGAAGACCUAAAAGAAAGUAAGCCCGGUGUAUAUGUACGUCCAAAAAAAACAAAAAAGGACAAAGAAAAGUUAUCAACAACUACUUCAGGGUCUAAUAAUAACUCAUCAACCAUUUUUGAAAACAUAAAAUCGGAUACACCCAAAUCACUUCCAAAUGUUAUACCUAAAGAUAUUGAUGUUUUAUUAGAAAUGUUAGUAGCAGAUGGAUUUACCAACACGAUUCAGAAUAUUAUAGUAUUGAAGAGAUUCGACAAUGACUAUGAAAAAGCCAAAACUUAUUUAAAAUCAUCUAUUGCAUAAAAUCAAUCAUGAUUUUUCUUAAAAUUGUAAUUCAUUUAAAAAAAAGUUAAAUUAUAAAUACCUACUAUAUUGUACAAGGAAAGUUA